AAACAACCUGUUUCAAAUUUCUGUGCAGUUACUGACUCUCUAAUGCAUCCUUCAUCAGACAUCUCUCGUGAAGCCUUCCAUCAAGCAUCUCACACAAUCCAUCCUGGCAAUGAUAAACGAUACGGGUACCUUCCUAUACGAAAGAACGCCUGUAUCGUUUGUGCUGUGUGCUUCACUUGCACCAAAGUAAGAAUCGCAUUUUUGUAAUACCAAGAUAGUGAACCUACUGAUAGAUUGUUUAUCUUUCUGAUUUCUUUUAUAUAUGUUACAGUACUAUGGAGACGAGUGCCAAUGCAAGGAAGUUCAACCUCGGCGUGGAAAAAACUUACCGAACGGUUGCCUGGAUUCGAGAGCGAAAAAGCUACGUCGAGAAGAUAAGGAAGACCACGAAUUUUCGAUUAGUUGGCUGAGAAAGAAUGGGCAUCCGAUUUACAAAAACGAAAACGACGACAUUGUGGGGCUUGCGGAGCUGCAAGAGGUGUCACUAUGCAAAGCACACAGUAGCACCUUGUACAGGUCGAGAAGAAAAUACGAGCUUCACAGGUUUCACUCGCCUCCAUCGCCUACGGAUUCCAAUACCAUGACGGUUGUCGAGGACCGAUCACCAUCACAUGAGUCUACUCCAUCCGAUGCCUCCUAUGCGUCACCCUCCGUCGUGUACUCGAACCAGCCACUCUCCUCUGGCCUGCGACGGGGAGGAUUAGCGGCCAAAGUCAACGAAAUCGCAUAUCGUCAGCAGCAGCAACAACAACAUGCUCACCAAUCACCGUUGCAGCCAGAGCUUCCCGACUUCAGUACCAUGUCCGCUUCCACUUCCCUCAAACGAAAACGGACGGGGACACCGGUUUCACCUCUUAGGAAACCGUGUUCAAGUGCUUCCACCCCACUGUUGCCUACCGCGACCGCCCCCUUUUCAUAUCGUCAAAAUGCCCCCAUCGCUGCACCGCGAUUCUCAUACACUGUGCAUGAAGCUCCCGAAACCUUCUCAUCGCAAUUGCCCCCAUUGCAUACACGGAAUGUGUCGUCGUCGUCCGCGUUUUGUUCUUUAUCAUCCUCGCUGCAACAACAACUCCAUCUAUCCAAACCGUAUCCUCAGCCCCCUACAUUAUUAGCGCACAAAUCAGCUCUUUUAGACUCGUAUCCUAUGGUGGAAACCGUGUCGCUGAAAAUGGCCCCGUCUUUAUCCGAAGAGAAUCCGACCUACUGUAUCCGCAACUUGGCCAUCACCGAUCAUUUUACGUUCAGAGACCUGUUGGCUGAAAUUGAAAUGAUCGGAUCGCCACCCCCAGGGAAAAGGAUUGUCGUCUUUGACGAUAAAAACGAAACAAUAUUUCCCUUUGAUCAAGCGAUCCGGAGUGUCAUUCAACGACCUGAAUCCUCUCACUUGGAAUUAUGCCUUGGUCUCACUGAUAAGGCCUCCAUUGAUUGGAAGACGCUGUGUGAAUAACCCUACUAUUUCAUAUUUCAACAUGACGUCAACUUUGAAACAUAAUUUUCAUG